AUGUUACCUCUCCCUGGAGCCCCUUCUUCCUCCUGGGCUAGAUUCCGAGAGCGACUAAGUGCUUUAUUCAGUGGCGCUGACCCCCGGGUCUGUAUUGCGUUCUGGCUGUUUGGCUUGAUAAACAAUGUUCUUUAUGUCAUCAUCCUAUCAGCUGCUCUUGAUUUAGUCGGACCUGGUGUGCCCAAAGGCGUCGUUCUUCUCGCAGAUGUCAUCCCUUCGUUUGGGACUAAGCUCAUUGCGCCGUAUUUUAUCCAUGUAGUACCAUAUUCGGUACGGGUGGUGAUAUUCGUGCUCCUCUCCGCCAUCGGAAUGCUUCUUGUUGCGUUGAGCCCUGGCUACACGGAUGGUGGCACGAUCUCUACCAAGAUUGCCGGGAUUAUCCUAGCCAGUUUAUCUAGCGGAGGUGGUGAGUUAAGCUUUCUCGGGUUGACGCACUUCUACGGUCCAUUUAGUCUGGCAGCUUGGGGAAGCGGAACUGGAGCUGCGGGGCUGGUCGGUGCUGGUGCUUAUGCACUCGCGACUACGUCCUUCGGCCUCAGUGUGAAGACAACCCUUCUAGCAUCUGCUUGCUUACCAGCAGUCAUGGUGGUAAGCUUCUUUACCAUCCUGCCGAGAUCCCUUAUGCACCAUCCUCUGUCGGCCGUACAAGCUGGCUAUCGCGCUGUUGGGACCCAUAAUAGGCUUGCGGAAGAACGGGCAUUUAGUUACGAGCGUGAUGAAGCCAACAGUGAGGCUGAUGGCCUUCUCGCUUCUUCCAUACACUCCGCUGAGGACCCAAAAGCAACUCAGACUGGGAGUGGAAGUCUCCGAUGGGAACAUAUCAAAGCAAAUCUGCAGCGCGCAAGAGGGCUUUUCUUCCCUUUCAUGCUUCCAUUACUGUUAGUCUACGUCGCAGAGUAUACCAUCAACCAAGGAGUGGCCCCCACACUACUCUUUCCGCUGAGCGAGACUCCGUUCGCCCAUUUCCGUGCAUUCUACCCUGCGUAUAAUGCGAUUUACCAGGUCGGCGUGUUCAUCUCACGUUCAUCGACUCCCUUCUUCCGCAUCCAUGAUCUGUAUUUUCCAUCAUGCUUACAGGUUGUGAAUCUGGCUAUUUUGACUCUUCAUUCUUUGUUCAACUUCAUUCCUAGCGUGUACAUCAUCUUUGCGAUCAUUUUCUGGGAGGGACUCCUCGGUGGCUUGGUUUAUGUCAAUACGUUCGCUGAGAUAGGGGAGCGCGUGCCCCCAGAGGAUCGGGAAUUUUCCCUGGGCGCGACAACCGUCAGCGACUCUGGGGGUAUUUGUAUCGCGGGUUUCCUCAGUAUGAUCUUUGAGGUUUGGUUGUGUGACUGGCAAGACGCGCACGGAAGGGAUUAUUGUCACCAUGUGCUAGGAAGACCAUCGACCAAAUUCCGAAAGAUUCAGGUCCUUGCCGUCUUCCUUUUCUGGUCUACCUAUCUCCUCAGAGGAAACAAACAUGGCCCUCCUAUCUUUCGCAACGUCUCAGCUCGCCUAUCGGCAAAGCUAAGUGUUUGGCAAACUACCGUGGGCGUUUUCCUGUGGCUGUACCUCUGCCGCAACUUUGCAAAGAUUGUUGGCUUAGAGUGUCCGGAACCACUAGCCAAUUUGUAUUCACGCUCUUUCUUCCGGGCAACAUGGAUCGCCACGGCCCUCGACGCUGGCUUCUGGACCGCAAUGAAAGUCAAGCCGAAGUGGCUACGAGAUAUCGCGUCUUUGGCGUUUACAGUUUACUACCUUUUCGCUGCGGAGCAGGCAGAUGAAAAGGUUCGUCGGGUUCGAGCAACCCUAACCGUAGAGCACCUGCGAGUCUCAUGGAACAAAGGCACCACGCCGUACCUGUGGGCACUCGCCAGUCUGCUUCGGCCCCGACUUACAAAAUAUCCGCCUCGUGCGAUACGGAUUCCUCGUCCUCCGCAGUCCAGCUAUACAGAGCCAACCAAUGCAUGGCUUUACUUUGAUGGUCCUCUGAGUGCGUUACGCGACCAGACCUGUAUUAUCCUGGAUAUCCCCGGGGGCGGAUAUGUCGCCAUGAGCCCCCGCACUUCAGAGGAUCGACUGCUUGCCUGGGCUGGGAAAACAAAGGUGCCGAUCCUUAGUCUUGAUUACAAAAAGGCACCAGAGUAUCCCUACCCGUAUGCGCUCAAUGAAUGUUAUGAUGUCUAUCAUACCAUCGUCACUACGCGCGGGCGUUGCUUGGGAUUAAGCGGGAACGUGCAGCCACGUAUUGUGCUUGCAGGAGAUAGUGCUGGUGGAAAUCUGGCAGUGGGCACUACCCUGAUGGCCCUCCAAUCCGGCAGCUCAGAUGCUCCCCGUUGGCAAGGUGACCACAUGCUCCCUCGUCCAGAUGGGCUUGUUUUAGCAUAUCCGGCGUUGAAUAUGAGAGUCGAAAGCUGGAUGACGGAGGAGCAAAUGUCACUUAUACAAGAUAAGAGCGCGCGGCGGACGAACGAGAGCGUCCUCCGACAGAAAAACAUGGACUACCAGCGUUUGACGCCAUUCACAUCGCCAGGCCCUUCCACAGAAGACCUUCUCCGCGACUCGUCUUCUGACCUGGACCUGGAAGAAGCUGAGGAUGUAGCUCAGGGUGCUUCCAAGAAACUGGAAGAAAAACUCAAGGCGGACAACCUGGCCGCUCAGACCGCUGCCAUUGCGCAGAGCCACCACCCGAAACAAAUCCGUACCCGUCUGGCCGUUUCCUCAAUGAUCUCGUAUGUCCAUGAUCGGAUCCUGACCCCCGAGAUGAUGAGGGCAAUGAUAAUCCUCUAUAUCGGGCCUCACAAUCGCCCUGACUUCAGCACGGACUUCCUGCUCUCUCCCGUGCUCACCCCCGAGGCCCUUCUCGCACGGUUCCCCAAAACAUACAUCGUCACAGGCGAGCGUGACCCACUAGUUGACGACACGGUAAUCUUCGCUGGGAGACUGCGCCAGGCCAAGCUACACCAAUUCCGGGAAAGACAGGAGCUGGGGCUUGAGAAGUCUCACCGAGCAUUCAAUGAAAAGGACCACGUGGAGGUGUCAUUACUCCCCGGGAUCUCUCACGGAUUCCUGCAAAUGGCAGGCUUCUUUCCCGAUAGCUGGAAGCAUAUCAACAAGUGCGCAGCCUGGAUCCAGGAUUUGUUCGAGGCCGCCGAGAGACGGAAGUCAUCGUCCAGUUUGCUCCAGUCACUGCACGACAGCGCACCAUACUACCAGGUGCCGAAGGCGGACGCCAAUAGCGGCAGCCCACGUCACCAUAAACGCAGCCUCACGGGCGAAUCGUCAGGUGACGAGGAUAGACCCUUGGAGAUGAGCCUCGGCAGGAUGACCCCAUUGAACCCGGAUGAUAGUACCAGUCAAAUGCGCGGCAAGCCGUCCAACGGGACGAGUCAUGUUCGUCUCCAAGGCUCUGCGUCGAAUGACAAUGAGUCUCAGACUGCAAGUGGCAGCCAGGGUCCAAGUGCAUCCCGAGGUCGCCGUUCCCGGCCCAAGGGGCUCAGCAGAAGACGACGCGAUGCGCCCACGAAACUCACUAUGCCUCCGGCCCAUGACUAUAUCUCAGACGCCCUGCAGACCCCUCCGCCCAAACGUAGGGAUAGAAGCAUUGGCAGCCUUCCUAGUGAGGAGGAUCUCUUGGAUCGCAGGAUGAAUGGUUUGGCUGGAGGGUUGAUGGGGAUAGGAGAGGGAGCCCGGACGCCGUGA